GGGUAGGGAAUGCUCAGCCCCUACCCUGUGCCGGGACCUUUAAAGCUCAGAUCUGAAGAUUUCCGAAGCUCGACCUGCGAACUUAGAGCAGGACUAGUCGUUCCACAGACAUAAGAGACGGAAGUCAAUCAGUAGUUGUCAGACUCGGAGUGGCGCUGGUCUGGAACGGCUGUUCGCCUCGCUUGGAUUGCAGCGAGAAGCUGUCGGUCGAUCUCAAAGCAUAUCGACUCAGAAAUUAAGCGCAGGGAAGAGAAUCGGAGAGAGCGAGGCACGGACCGUCGUCAUAUCCAUCCAGCAGCUAGAAAAAUAGGAUAGAUACGGCCACAUUACGCACGAGUCAGCGUUCGAUCGAUGGGGUCGGACACUGCCGCUGCGCACACAUGGAAAGAUGCAGCAACCGGGAAGGAAAAUUCGCUGAACGCCUUCAAUCACUACGGCAAGCUGGACCCGAACAAUGCUAGCUCGGACAACGUGCUGGCCAGUAACAAGUGCAUUCCCAUCAUAUCUGCUCCGAAAGUAGCCGAAGAGAGUAGCGUCCGCACACGUCGUCGCGUGGCAAUUAUCGGAUGUUUGAGCGUCCUCUUGGUCGCCGUCAUAUGCACGGCCAUCGUCGUCCCCCUGGUCAAGAACGGCAGCAAGAACGCUGACAAUGAGAGCGUCCCGGGAAUGAUAGUCACUCUCUGCAACACCACUCUCUACCCCCAGACCUGCGAGGACUCCCUGCAGUCCGGAACUGGUUCAGAUCCUCCCGUCACUGACUCCAAGGACUUGGUGCAGAAGUCCGUCAAUGUGGCUCACUUCCAAGUCACUGACAUGAAGGUGGCUGCCACCAAUCUCAGCUCCAGCGAGACCGACACCAAUCUCCUGGCAGCUCUGAGUGAUUGCGAGGAGCUGUUGGACGAUGCACUGGACAUGCUCAACAGAACGUCGAGCCUGAUGCAGUCGCUCAACCUUGCUUCCGUGCCGGAGCAGCUGGAGGACCCCGUAACAUUCAUGAGCGCCGCCCUGACGGACCUCACGACGUGCGUCGACGGCUUCGAGGAUCUGGCCAACAGCACUGCCAGGGAUGAAAUGACCAAGUUGGGAGCUUCUGUGAACCAGUUUCUCAGCAUUGCGCUCUCGCUCGUGAACAGCCUUACCAGCGUGGGCGACGAUUUGUCCAAAUGGACGCAACUCUGGCGCGACCGAGGCCUGCUAGAACGCCCCGAGCAGGCCACGGAUGACGUUCUUCCCGACUGGAUAGGCGCACACGCCCGCCGUCAUCUGGCGAGCAAUUCGUUCAAGGUGAACGUCGUGGUUGCGCGCGACGGCAGUGGAAAAUACAAGGACAUCCAGGCAGCGAUCGAUGCAGCUCCGGAUAAGGGUUACAAGCUCUACGUGAUCUACAUCAAGAAGGGAAUCUACUCGGGGCAAUUCGAGGUUCCCAAGUCCAAGACCAACCUCAUGUUCCUGGGAGAUGGCAUAGGGCAGACGAUCAUCACCGGCAGCCGCAACGUGCAAAUGGAGGGAGUCACCACCUUCCUGUCCGCCACAUUGAUCAUCAAGGGAGCAGGAUUCAUCGGCAAGGGGUUCACAGUUCGCAAUACAGCGGGGCCCCAGAGUCACCAAGCCGUGGCCAUGCGAGUGUCUGCUGACAGGGUCGCGCUGUGGCAGUGCUCGUUCGAGGCCUACCAAGAUACGUUGUACGCGCACUCGUUGAGGCAGUUUUACUACCAGUGCACGAUCGAAGGGACCGUGGAUUUCGUCUUCGGCAACGGAGCGGCGUUGUUCCAGUCGUGCAGCCUGCGUCCUCUAGUUCCGCUGCGAGGCCAGCAGAACACAAUUGCGGCGCAAGGAAGAACGGACCCCAGUCAAAAUACUGGAUUGAUGUUCCACAACUGCACCUUGGACGGAGGCAAAGAUCUUCAAAGAAGCAUCAGCAUGUACCCCACGUUCCUGGGCAGGCCCUGGAAGCAGUACGCUCGUGCGGUGUUCAUCAGAUCUUAUCUCGGCAAGGUGAUCAAUCCUGCGGGCUGGCUCCUUUGGCAAGGGGACUGGGCCUUGCAAACCUGUUACUACGCCGAAUUUCAAAACCGGGGACCGGGGUCCAGUACCAAGCAACGAGUCUGGUGGUCGAAGCAGGUCAAGAGCGCCAACGAUGUGAGCAAGUAUGGUAUUCCCAAGUUUCUGGGCGGUAAUUACUGGUUACCUGCCACCAACGUACCUUACGAGAGUACGAUUUAUUCUUGACACCAUCUCCGCUUCACAUCUACGUCAUUCGAAGAAACUGUGGCAACGUCGGACCGGUCGAGCCGAAAAGAAUGCCCUUGGAACCCGUCGCCCGUAUGCCAUUCGCAGGUUGUCGAAAUUGGAAAUGACCAUAGAGUGAGAAUGAAAUCUGAGGGAGACGACGUACGCAAGGGUGUCGACAUAGCUCUCGAUACACCAAAUUGCCUUUACAACUGCUGUAAAGAAGUUUCGUCGACCUCGUCUUCCAACUCAACACGUUCACAGUUAUAGAGCUCAGCAGCCCUUCUCGCGUAGGAAAAUGAAGUUUUAGACUGUGAUCUGUCUGUCCGUCUCUCUGUCUCUCUUUCUCUCCACUCACGGCAUUCACGAGCAGACUGAAACCUUUGAUCCCUCAUCGACUUCUAAAAGCCUCCGAGGUCCAGUCUGCUCCGACUUAGUGAUCAUCCUCAACAAACUCAGAACAAAACCUUUCAAGAGAAACCUGUACUAGCAUCUGUUGAUGCUGGAAGACAAUUUCAUGACCCAGAAACUCAAUUACUGUAUUGUAUCUUCGACAAUGGGCCUCCUUGGAGAUUUCAGCCGGGCGACUUAUCUUGUCAGUCUCACCUUGCCUUGGCUGCUUCUAUGCGCCAAUUCAAUGAGUAUGCAGCAAAGUCGGAGCAAUGGGUCUCACCGGAUGCGACUAUAUGUUAGUACAGCGGGAAGUAUAUAUGGGGUGAGAUACUUUUACAUGGUGGGGCAUCUUUCUCUUCCGGGACAGGUUUCCAGGCUCUCGAACCUACGGUCCUGAAGGAGACUUGAGUUCCUCGGAUUUCGAGUAUUACAUCUUUAUGUGUUCAUUAGAAAGGCUAGAUAGAGUUCGCACCCCUUACAUUAGCAUUAGAUAGAGGUUAACGAUUGACUUCAGAAUUCAAACCAAAUUAUAGACAGUUGCAAAUGAACGAGGAGGAUUCCUCAUUUUCACUUACUAAAGCAUAGAAAAAUUUCUUAUUAAAUCACAUGUUUCAAAGGUUGCUGCAGAACAUUCUGCUAUUAAUAUUUGGAGUAGCGUAGAAAACAAGCAGAAAUUUGAAAAUUUAAGUCCGAGUAAUAAUAAAAUUGUAAGUGCGCUUGAUCUGCGCAUUUUGCAUCUAGAACUUCAA